CUCGGCGUCCCUGGGGUAUAGCCGGUGAAAGUGUGUUAGAACCCGGUCCGAACCCAGCAUAAAUAUUACUUCUAUCGCUCCUAAGAUAUAAGAUUUUUUUUUGCACAUUUUGUUUAUAUCAACAAAACUAUUCGAACAAUAUGGAUAAUGACAUUCUAAUGCCGCUCGUAAUGGAUCCUACGUCUGUCUUUUGGAAGCAAAACAGAAUAAAGACAUUCAACAAUUGGCCUUUUAAAACAUCUGACAAGUGUAAUGCCAAAAGCAUGAUUGCCGCUGGAUUUUAUGUUAUUGGAAACAUUGAUGAACCAGAUUUAGUCGAAUGUUUUAUUUGUGGCAAACAACUCGAUGGUUGGGAACCACAUGAUGAUCCAUGGGAUGAACAUGUGAAACAUCAAUCAGACUGUCCAUUUGUACAAUUGAAUAAGCCGGAUGAAAAAGACUGGACGGUGUAUGAGAUGUAUCAUUUAUAUACAAAAUAUCAAAUAAGAAAUUAUAUGAAUGAAUUAAAUAAAAUAAGCUUUGCGUUGAAAGAUGAAGCUGCAGCAUCAAAAAGUGAUCUACUAUCUGCAUAUAAAACAUCACAAAAAAAUAAAAAAAGCACUGAUUAGCUAAUAACUAAUUAUAUUAAUCUUAUGCUAAUCUUAUGAUCUUAUAUUAAUCUUAUAAUAGAAAUAUCUUUUCUUUUUUACAUAUCUCUGUUUCCAAGAUUUUCAAUAUAUUCAUAACUGUUUAAAUAUAUUUUGUAAUAUUUAAAAAAAAAAUAUAUAUAUAUAUAUAUGUAUACAGAAUAAAA